AUGGCUUCGACCCGCGAGCGAUUCUUGAGCACCUUCAACGUUAUCCGCGAUGAACUCCUUUCCCAACUCGCCGUUCGAGGCAUCCCUCCAGACGGUGUUGAAUGGUAUACCAAGGUCCUCGACUACAAUGUCGUCGGGGGCAAACUCAAUCGUGGCCUCACCGUCAUCGAAACCGUCCAGAUCUUCAAAGGACGUCCAUUGACCGACGACGAGUACUUCAAAGCUGCAGUCCUCGGAUGGGCAGUCGAAUUCCUCCAAGCCCACUUCCUCGUUGCUGACGAUCUCAUGGACCAAUCCCUUACCCGGCGCGGACAGCCCUGCUGGUUCCGUGUUGAGGGCGUGGGCAACAUCGCUUUCAACGACUCGUUUAUUCUCGAGCGUGCGAUCUAUCAGAUGUUGAAGACGUACUUCAAGGAGACGGAUUACUACACGGAUCUGGUCGAUCUGUUCCAUGAGAUCACGUACGAGAGUGUCGUGGGACAACUUGUCGAUGUUAUUACAUCCCCUGAGGAUAAGGUCGACUUGUCCAAGUUCUCCAUGGAGCGAACAUCUCUCAUCGCGAUCUACAAAACUGCCUACUAUUCCUUCUACAUGCCCAUCGCCCUCGCCAUGAUCAUGUGCCACAUUCCCCACUCGAAAGACGCGUCAAAAGACCCCUACAAAACCGCACUCUCCAUCCUCCUCCCGCUCGGCGAAUAUUUCCAAGCCCAGGACGACUACCUCGACUACUCGGCUCCUCCCCACAUCCUCGGCAAAAUCGGAACCGAUAUCAUCGAUAAUAAAUGCUCGUGGUGCAUCAACGUCGCUCUCGCAGAGGCGUCCCCUGCGCAGCGCAAGAUCUUGGAGGAGAACUACGCCAAGAAAGGUGACGGGACCGAUAGUAGUGCGCAAGGGGGUGGCGAGUGCGAGAGGAGGGUGAAGGAGGUCUUUGGGCAGGUUGGAUUAGACAAGAAGUGGGAGGAGUAUGAGAGUGGGAUGUAUGAGAAGUUGAAGGGGAUGAUUGAUAGUUUGGAAGAGGUAGGGAAGGAGGAGAGCGAGGGUGGAAAUGGAGUUGUACGGAAGGAGGUAUAUCUGAAGUUUUUGGAGAAGAUUCAUGGAAGGAAAAAGUGA